AUGAUGCUAGCGCUCUACGUGUACGAGUACUUGUUACAUGUAGGAGCCCAGAAGUCGGCACAGACCUUCCUGUCAGAGAUAAGAUGGGAGAAGAACAUAACGUUAGGAGAACCUCCAGGAUUCUUACAUUCAUGGUGGUGUGUAUUCUGGGAUUUAUAUUGUGCGGCACCUGAAAGGAGAGAAACCUGUGAGCAUUCCAGUGAAGCCAAGGCAUUCCACGACUACAGUGCAGCAGCAGCUCCGAGUCCUAUCCUUGGAAACAUGCCCACAGGAGAGGGGAUGCCGGUCGGCCCCGUUCCUCCGGGCUUCUUUCAGCCUUUCAUGUCAUCACGUUAUCCUGGCGGCCCCAGACCUCCUCUGAGAAUACCCAACCAGGCGUUAGGUGGAGUCCCUGGAAACCAGCCGCUAUUACCCAGUGGUAUGGACCCAUCGAGACAACAAGGUCAUCCAAAUAUGGGCGGGGCUAUGCAGAGAAUGACUCCGCCCAGAGGGAUGGUACCUCUUGGGCCACAGGCAUAUGGAGGAGGCAUGAGACCACCACUCAAUGCUCUUGGGGGUCCUGGGAUGCCUGGGAUGAAUAUGGGUCCCGGAGGAAGACCGUGGCCAAAUCCACCAAAUUCCAACUCAAUCGCAUACUCCUCGGCAUCUCCAGGGAGUUAUGUGGGUCCACCCGGAGGAGGAGGGCCCCCGGGGACUCCAAUCAUGCCUAGCCCUGCAGACUCGACCAACUCGGGAGAAAAUAUGUACACUCUGAUCAACACAGUGCCGCCCGGAGGAAACAGGCCAAAUUUCCCUAUUGGUCCGGGUGGAGAUGGUCCAAUGGGCAGCAUGGCAGGAAUGGAGCCUCAUCACAUGAAUGGAUCAUUAGGGUCAGCUGACAUGGACAGUAUGUCCAAGAACUCUCCUGGUAACCUAAGCAUGAGCAACCAGCCUGGAACUCCUCGAGAUGAUGGCGAAAUUGGCGGAAAUUUCCUCAACCCUUUCCAGAAUGAGAGUUAUUCUCCAAACAUGACCAUGAGUGUGUGAAGACCUCAUUUGGAAAUCCAGGUGGAUUCCACCACAUGACAUGGAACUUGUGCGAGCGCGCUGUAGCCAGCCCUCUUCUGCUCUCUGAAGAAUAUGGGUCCAAGCCUCUCCUUUCUCUCUCCUUCCUUCGUUUCCUUUUUUCUUCCAACAUCAUUCUUUCACCUCCUCGGUCGCGUCACACCGAGAGACAAAGCUGAACCACGUUGGGGCGAGAACGACGAUUCAACAACCUGUCUAUAUUUACGUAUAUCUUCGUGUAUAUAUGUGGGUGUACAUUCAAAGUUACAUGUGCAUGUGUAUGAAAGGACAUAUAUUGAUCCUAGAAAGAAAGACGAUGGACUUGAACUUUUUAACGUAAACAAAAAUCAUAUUUUCUUGAAAUAUGAUGUAAAUCGACAGAUCUAUGUAAACGGAUUUAUCGCAGUAAACACUUAAGAUGCAAGGGGGGGGAGGGGGGUCGAGUUCGUAAAAUGACAUAAUCGCAA